AUGUCCAAUAACAACAACGUCUCGUCUACCACUAACAACGACAAUAAUAACAAUGACGCAGUCCAGCAGGCGAACGAUUCCACCAUUCAACCCUACGUGACUCCCCCAACUACCCAGAGACAACAGGGCCGGUUCACUGGUCGACUUUCUCGACAAGCUGACGCAGAGGAGCCUGCUAGCCCUGGACCUUCUUCCGAGGAACUGGCAGCCCUGUUCCGAGACAUUCAAAAUAUGACCAGGAACAUGGAAAAUGAGAUCACUCAGUUUCAAGAGAUUGACGCUCUUACGCUCCUCAUGUUGUCGUUCCUGAGAUCGAUGGCAAGGCCACGUCGGACCUGA